UAAUUUAUAUAUUUAUUCUGUUAGCAUUAUCCAAUAUUUAUAUGGUUAUAUAUAUCAAACAAAAUAUCUAGUUUGUAGGGCUGGAUCAAAGUCGUGAUAAAUGUUGACAUUCAAUAUGGCGGUAUGUCGUCAGUGCUAUGCUGUGUCGUGCUUGUGAAUACCGAGUUAUACACGUAUAGAUAGCAACAGAGUUAUACGAAUUUACCUUCAACCAAGUUAAUGCACCACGGGCUCCGACGCAGCAAGCAUUGAAGACAUCUGAGGAUUUAGCAUAACAAUAAGUAGUUUUAUUUUGCAACAUUAGUGGUUUUGGUGUAUAAAUUGUGACUUUUACGUUAAAGACUCAAAGUGUUCUUAUGAACACAAAAGACUAAAAGAAAAUGUAAUUUUAUGUAUUAAAUUUAAACCUCUACUGAAAACUGAACACCACAAUAUAGUUUCUUUCAAGUUUUUGACCAGGCCACUACUACGAAGCAAUGUCCAGCAAUCCUCAGUGGACGAUCUACCAACCGCAAGAUUCACACUCCUCGCCCUUACAAGAUAUUUUAGAUCUCCAGCAUUCUAAUAUGCAGCCCAAAGCAUCAUACCGUAAUGGUGAGUAUCCAAGUUCGCCAAGGGAUAAUUACAACAGCCAGUCCAAGACUGGCAGUGGAAACCGCUUUUCUUUUGGUUACAAUAUUGACGGCUGCCAUAUGGGGGACUCAGUUUAUUCUUCUGGCUCUACAAAUAAUACUUCAUCUCAGCAAUAUGAUUCAAUGAAUCACCCACCUAUUAGAGAGACAGGCAUUAUUGAGAAACUUCUCCACUCCUAUGGAUUUAUUCAAUGCUGUGAGAGGCAGGCUCGACUGUUUUUCCACUUCAGUCAGUUUAGUGGCAAUACUGAACAUCUGAAGAUAGGAGAUCCCGUAGAGUUUGAGAUGACAUACGAUCGUCGCACUGGAAAACCAAUUGCAUCUACGGUUACCAAGAUUGCGCCGGAAGUGGUGCUAAGUGAGGCGCGUGUGACUGGAACAGUAACAACUGAAGUUAAGGGAGAAGGCUCUGGAGAUAAUACAGGAAGAAUUUCUUAUGAGAAUCGUGGUGAAUGUUUCUUUUUGCCUUACACUAAAGAUGAUGUUGAAGGUAACGUCACUCUGCGUACGGGCGACGCGGUGAGCUUCCAAAUAGCAACAAAUCAGAGAGGCACUUUGGGAGCAUGCCAUGUCCGUUUUGAAAAUCCCGUACAUCCCGUCAAAUACCACGGCGUGGUCUGUUCGAUGAAGGAAAACUUUGGAUUCAUCGAGCGUGCGGACGUGGUGAAAGAAAUAUUCUUUCACUAUUCGGAAACCAAAACUAAGGAAGAAUUGGUUUUGGGUGAUGACGUCGAGUUUAUCAUUCAGACUAGAAACGGGAAGGAAGUCGCUUGCAACAUAACGAAGUUGCCGAGCGGUUCCGUAGUGUUCGAGGAUGUGAGUCCGGAGAUAAUGCGCGGGCAAGUGCUGAAGCCGCUCGAGCGCGGGACCAUGGUGCGCGUGGCGCAGAACGACCCGCUGCCCGGCAGGAUCCGGUACCGCGCCGCCGACCACUCAGAAGUUGAGGUGCCUUUUGGUGACAAGGACCAAUGUGGCGAAUUUACCCUGCGACACGGAGACUGGGUUCAGUUCCAGGUCGCCACGGACCGUAGGGACCAGUUGAAACGUGCCACAAACAUCUCGUUGUUGGACGAGUCAUUUAACGUGUCUGGUGAACGAAGGGAGCAAGGAAUCGUAUGCUCUCUGAGAGAUGGAUUCGGAUUUAUUCGCUGUGUUGAGCGGGAACAGACGAUGUUCUUCCAUUUUGCCGAAGUACUCCGUCUCGGACAGGAGCUCAGCUUAGGAGAUGAGGUGGAGUUUACUGUGGACCCAGUGAGCACUUUCUCAAACAUGAACAAUCGCCAGUCUGGCAUUCGCAUCAAGCACCUGGUCCCCGGGACAGUCAAGUUCGAGACUCUGAUCGAGCACGGCGCACGUGGUGUCGUCACUAAGGAAGCUCAGAUGUACACGUCUUCCACUUCUAGCCCUACAAGAUCCCCAUCGGAAUACAAUGGUGUGAUAAGUUGGCAAGUAAACCAACAAACAAAGAAAUCCCUGCCGUUUUCUUCAAAAAAAUGUGAAUCUAAGAUGCUGCCCCGGACUGGUGACAUAGUUACUUUCGACGUAUUUCAGGUGAAGCGGACAAAGGAGUUGGUAGCCAAGUCAGUGCAGGUACAACACAGUCUGACUAACGGCAACAACAGCAGCAAUGGCGCCGGCAACCGACCUCUGAUGCAGGGCUUCAUCGCCGCUCUCAAGGACGGGUUCGGCUUUAUUGAAACUUCAGAUCACUCUAAGGAGGUGUUCUUCCAUUUUAGAAAAAAAACUUCCAGUAAUUUGGAAGGCAAUCCGGAUGGCUUGGAGCUGGGUUGCGAGGUUGAGUACACUCUGGGGCGCGUGAACGGUUCCGGAGGCGGGUGCGCGAGCGCCGAGUACGUCCGCGUGCUCCCUCGCGGCUCCGUGCCGAUCGCCAAGCCGCUGGACCCCACUCUCAACGGCACUGUCACUAGAACUCUGCGAGCUCUCAAUCCGGAUCAGGCCCACUAUUCCGGUCUGAUCCAAGUGGAAGGUGGCACAUCUUACGAAUUCGGUAUCAUGGGGCUGGCGUGCAAGCGUGAGAUCCUUCAGGUCGGUGACCCCGUCACGUUCCAGGCCGACGUCGAGGGCCGAGCCACGAACAUUGUGCCAAUCAGGAAGAAGAGGCGUGCCACCGUCGAUGCUAUUAAAGGAGGUUUCGGUUUCCUGUCUCUGGAGGCUGAAGACAAUCGCCGUUUAUUUUUCCACAUGUCGGAAGUACGCGGUAACCCGGCGGAACUGCAGCCCGGCGAUGUCGUUGAAUUCGUCAUGUUGACAAACCCUAGGAAUGGCAAGUCUUCGGCUUGCAACGUUGUCAAAAUUGGAGCUAAAGGCUUCGGUGCGGGCAAGGCGCGGUGCGAGCGGCCGGAGCGGCUGCUGGCGCGGCUGCGCACGGCCUCGCAGGAGGAGGCGAACGGGCCGCGCGUGGUGGUGGCCCGCGCCCCCCGCGGCCCAGACGGCACCCGCGGCUUCCGCAAGCGUCGCACCGUCGCUGAACAAUUAGCUGAGAAUAAUUAGAAAAAGAUCAAGAAAUCAGCACUAAGGCCUCAACCAUGUAGGUAAAACAUCUUAAUGGUUUGAUUUUCCACUUCAAAUUAUUUCAUUGUAUUCAUGAGAGACUGACUUAUCCUCUUUUCUUUAGCAGCAUUUAGGAAAUUGUUUUGUUAUUUUUACUAAUUCUAGGUGAUUACUAUAAAUUAUUGUCAGCUGUCAUUAAUACAGAUCAAAUACACGUUAAUAUGUAUAACAUCAAUAAGCAAGGUACAUAUCAAUUAAACAAACCAAUUUGAGUUGCUUAAAUGCAGUUUGAUUUAUAUAAUAGAGGUUCUUUUUCGUAUAGAGACGUUGUUCAAAAUUCCGUUUGCACCAUUCCUUGGUCUAUGUAAAUGUUAUGGUUUGCCAAGUUCAAUAUGUAUAUGUAUUUGUGUGCGUUGUCGCGACACAUGCCACAUGAAGGCGACGUGACCACACCGAACAGCUAAGCAUCUGUUUCCAAUCUGUUCGCUGUAUUGGGAUUGGCAUUCGAAAACAAUGUAAAUAUUUAUAGAAGAUAGGUAUAAUGUGUAUAAAAUGCUCAUAAUCAAACAACCCGGCUAGUGUAUGAAUUUAUUGUCAAUGAAGUAACAGGAGCUAGUGUCUCUAUAUGACAUGUCGCAACGGUGUCUGCAGUUGGAAAUAGAUUUUUCGACGAAGCUUAGUGUGUCUUAAGUUGUCUGUAUAAGUAAGGUGCGUGAUGAAGUAAUGUUAUAAAUUGAUGGACAUUUGAUACACGUUGUUGCGGUUGUUGUUACGUUUAGUAGAUCUCUUUAUGCGAAACAUACUGUGAUCAAUGAAAAUUUGUUGUGCAAUAAAAGAUAGGAUGUUGCCCUGAUAGGGCAGUACUAGUCUGUUAGUAUUAUGCGAUCCCGCUUGUCACACGCUCGCGCUUCAUCUGAUAUGUGUCGUCGUACAUUGUUCUAUUGUGAUGAUGGCUAACCUUCAUUAACGAACAAAAUAUUCAUUGUUAAUCGGAAAAGCAUUUAUACAAUGAACUGGAAUGGAACCAAAGACUGAAUUAAAAUAUUUAUAACGGUAAUACUUAUUGGUCUUCUUCUUCUUCUUCCUGCCCUGUUCCCAAGUUAUUUGGGGUCGGAGCAAUAUUUUUCUUUACUUCAUUUUUUGACAACAUAUUGCUAGUAUGAUCUAGCUCUAUUUUUAUGACCGGCCGCCUGCCUGACGUCUGCCCUCCUUGGGAAUGCAAUUGUUUUUUGUUUGGAUUCCACCUGAGGAUUUGCCCAAGGUGCUGGAUGUUGUGGGUCCUUGUGAACCUUCAUGAAGUUACUUGUGGCCAUAGUUUUUUGAGAAGAUUAUAAUUUCACGGAAAAUGUUUUUAAUUUUGUAAAAUCUAAAUUUUUCAUGCUAAACGAGACUUUAGUCUGACAAUUGUUAAUAAUUUCAUAUUCAAUAUAUGAACAGAUUAUCAUGAUAAAUUGUAAUGGCACUGUGUCGGUAAUAUGGGCCGACCGUUUUUUUUUGCAGUUGACAGUUUAUUUAUUUAUACUUUACGUUAAAACAAAUUGACAAUUAAUGGACAAUUAUUGAUGUCAUUCAGCAAAUACAUGGGUAUUCUUCAUCAUCCUUUAGAAAGUGACAGCUGUCAACUGCACAAAAGACGCGGUGGUAUACGUACACAUCACAAUUUGACAUAAGGAACCAUGUUCAUGGUGACUAUUGCGAAAUACAUAAAUAAUACAAUUUAUCUCUCUUUUUAAAGUUUGUAAUAUUCCUAGGAAAUUUAUAAACUUGCUGAUCUUGUUAUUUUCUGGUUACACAUAGUCUAAAAAUAUUUACUGACUGCAGCAAGAGCUUUUGCACCGCGAAUGCAAACGUUUCCAGUAACGAACGAUGCUUGUAUCAUGCAAAAAACGAGCCAUUGACUGUUUAAUGCGUAGUAUUUUCUUCAUCACUACUUAUAUUCUCUUUAAAUUCGCAUUAAACCUGUCUUCUGCAGUUCCGUCUUUGCGUGAUGCACGUUAAUAUUCAUAUUGGAUAUAUUUUGUUAAUUUUGUAGUAAUUUCAUUUUAUGUCAUACGUUAUUAUCUCAAUAAAAAGCUUUAUACCUCAUUGUUGAACAGCAAUCCACUGUCAUCCCUAUAAUUGUUAGUUGUCGGCGAUAUUAUGUAGCUGUUACAAUCGCAUAUGGGACUUGCAACCAAUUCGGUGACACACUACUUGCGCUAUAUUUUAUAUAAAAUUGGGUUUAGUUCAACAAGCGGGGUCUAAAAAGGGCAACUAAAUAUAAAAUACAAUGCAGUUUAUGGAAAUGAGUUAGCUGGAAUUGCGUUGCAAGUCGUGAUAUGCUCUUAUGAUCUUCAUUGUAAUGUGCUUAGGCACUCUUUUUUAUACACUGUUGUGCUGUUUUCAUCUUACCAUGUUUAAUAGUUGAGAAACCAAGAAAAUAAUCUCGCCUGACGUAACGCACAUACCCAUAAAACUAUAGUACAUAGUUUUACCUCGAUUAUUGUUAGAUUUAAUGAUAAACACCUUGAAUCCCUUAAGGACUUAUGAUCCUGUGAUAGCUGUAACAAACAACUGAUAUAUUAAAUAGUGAUGAUUAAAUUUUUAAGAUGCCUUAAAUUAUUGAAAUAUUUGAGCCUGUGUCUUGUGUUAUUAUAAAACAAUUAGUUAAAGAGUUUUUGUUAUUGAUUCUUUUGAAGUUAACUAUAAAUAUUAAAAAUUAUGACAUAAAACUCAUAUCUGUAUGCACAAAUGCAGUAACACUUCAUCUAGAGGGGUAGCGAUACUGAACCUGCGAGCGACAAUUGUUUGUAUGCUGAGUUUGAAAGCUGAAGUUCGGCUUAGACUGUUUCUCAUUUCUAUAUAAAUGUGUGACAAAGCAAAAUUACGCCAUAUUUUUUCUUAAAAAAUCUGCUUGUGUCUGUGGGUAUGAAGUAGCAAGUUCUUGUGACCGGCCUAAAAUACAAACAGGUUGAGUAUCGCUAAAAAACUUUGUAUAGUAUACACUAUUAGGUACUCAAUUUCGCGUAAACUAUCCCUAGUAAGGUUUUCAAACAAAAUUCCACCUUUCCGUCGAGAAUUUCAUUUGAUGGGGACAAUCGUUCUUAGAUUUGAUAUAAGUGUUGGAGUGAGACUGAAUGAGAUUUUUAUACGUGUUUCUUGAAUUAAUCCGAAAUCUUGAAUAGACCGGAGAAAUAUCAUCCAAUAAGAUUAAUCUUAGGAGGUGGUUUCAGUUUUAAGACGAGAUCUCAUUGCUUAAUGUUUCUGCGUUUUUGCUCGCUUUUCGGCUCUCGUCAGGCUGCCUAACGUCCACCAUAGUUUUCGUCAUCAUAUCUGACAGAUUCCACGACGGUUGUAGUCUUGCAAUACUCUAUCUAUCUCGAUCAUCUAUCUGGUUUUUAUUUCUUUUUCAAAAAUAAUGCAGGUCUAUUUUUCUUAUAUCUCGUUCAAUAAAAGUUGUUAGUGUGUAUGGUGAUAAUUUAUUUACUUCAGUCUAUUACCAAAUCUACGAACGAUUUAGUGUUAUAGUACCAUGUACCGCAUUUCUCGUUUUUUUGUGUUAGAAAGCCUUUUUUGCGGACUGACAUUCGAUUAAGCAAUAAAAAAAUGUGUUCACACGUAUUUGUACGAAGCGCAAAUCAGCUUUCGUUGACAUAGUACCCAUUAGAAUAUUACAUGUUAUGGUUCGAUGUUCUCAGCAAGCAGGUUGUCACAACGGGAUGUAAACUUGCUACGGCCCAUCAUUAUUACAAACAAUACGAUAUACUUAUAUUAUUA